CGCAGCGCGAGCCAGAGAGGAAGCGCCUGUCAUCAAAACGGCGCUCGCGCUGCCUGCCGUGCACGCUACAGACACAGACAGCACGCGGGGGACAGGCUAGCAGUUUGCUUUCAGAAUGUGGAGGGUAACAUGGUUGCUGUUACUGGCCACCACUGUUUGGCAGAGAGGCCACACCACAGAGGACGAGAAUGCCCAAAGCCCUAGGCACGUGUCAGUGGUUAUUGUGGGCAGCACAGGGGAUCUGGCCAGAAAGUACCUUUGGCAAGGAUUUUUCCGUCUUUAUUCCAGUCAGGUUGGUAAGGGCUACACCUUCUCUUUCUACGGAGGAGGACUUUCUCCAUCAGAAAAGGGAACCCCUCUGCUUUUUGAAAUCCUGAAGGAACUUAAGUGCCCACCUGAGCUCGCCGCUGAGCGCUGUGCUCUGGUUAAAGAGCAGUUCUUACGACUUUCUCAGUACAUCCAGCUCAAGACUGUGGAGGAUUAUGAGAAGCUCAGUCAGCAGAUCGAGCAGCAGCUGAAGCAGGAGGAUAUGGUGGAGGCUGGUCGGCUCUUUUACCUGUCUGUCCCUGCCUUCGCCUAUGCUGACGUCUCAUCAAAGAUCAACAGCACCUGCCGGCCCCCAGCUGAGGCUUGGUUCAGGGUUGUGCUAGAAAAGCCAUUUGGUCAUGAUUUUGAAAGCGCCCAGCUUCUCGCAGCACAGCUGGCUGGAUUUCUUAAGGAGGAGGAGAUGUACAGGAUUGACCACUACUUGGGGAAAGAGGUUGUCGCCCAGAUUUUGUCCUUUAGAAAGAAGAAUAGUAAUUUUCUAGAGCCAAUUUGGAACAGACAUCACAUUGAGAGAAUAGAGAUUGUGCUGAAGGAAACACUGGUCUGCAAAGGACGGAUUCAGUUCUACGACCAGUAUGGAGUUAUUAGAGAUGUUCUUCAGAACCACCUUACAGAAGUCCUGACCCUUUUAAUGAUGAAAAUACCUGCUAACCUUUCCAACAGUGAAGAGGUCCUAAAGAACAAGUUAAAUGUAUUUAGUUUUCUUGCACCUCUUGGGAGGAACAGCGUGGUUGUAGGUCAGUACCAGAAAUAUACUGAAGAGGUUCAGGAGGAACUUAAUAAAACCAAGGAUUAUUUCAGCAGAACUCCAACUUUUGCUGGUGUAGGCAUUUUUACUGACAGUCCUCAGUAUGAUGGCAUUCCUAUAUUUAUGACCUCGGGUAAGAUGCUUGAUGAACGGGUUGGGUAUGCUCGGAUUCUUUUUAAAAAUGACAUAUUUUGCGUUCAGGACUACAGUCAUGUCAGCUGCAAACCCAAACAGAUUGUGUUCCACCUGGGUCAUGGAGCGCUGGACUAUCCAGCAAUUCUUGUCAGCAAAAAUUUGUUCAAGCCUUCUCUGGUGAGCAGUGUUUGGAGAGAAGUUACAGAGCAUAAAGAUAUCAGUGUGUUGGGAUUACCACUCUCAGACUAUUACAUCCAGACCCCGGUUGCACCUAAAGAAGCUUAUUAUGUGCUGAUUAAUAAAGUCUUACAUGGACGCAAAGACAGUUUUAUCAGUGCUGACAACCUCUUGGCCUCCUGGGCUUUCUGGACGCCGCUAUUGGACAGUCUGGUUCAGGCCUUCCCUAGGCCAUACCCGGGGGGUGCCGCCAAUGGAGACCUAUUGAACUUCCAGCUGCGGGGUCGGGAGCUUGCUUACGUCAACGAGGCGGUGGUGAAUGUGAUCCAACAAGGCCAAGACGAGAACUUCCAGGUCAUGCAAGGGAAGUUCCGCGGUGCUGAAAUGGUGUCAGCCUGGGCAAAGGAACUGGUGGAGCGCUUGGCCUCCGACCUGCAAAGCAUAGCAGAAGAGGUCAUACAGGAUGAGGGUCAGUUCCAUCUGGUGUUGUCUGGUGGCUCCAGUCCUAUUGCACUGUUUCUUCAGCUGGCUCUGCACCACUAUACCUUUCCAUGGCACCAGACUCACGUGUGGCUGGCUGAUGAGCGCUGUGUACCGACAAGUGAUGCGGGAUCCAACUUCCGCACUAUUUAUGAGCAGCUGCUUCAGCACGUACGCAUUCCAUACUUCAACAUCCAUCCAAUGCCAGUGCAGCUCAAUCAGCGCUUGUGUGUUGAGGAAGAUGGAGGAGCUCUCCUCUAUGAGAAGGAAAUCAACCAGCACGUCAAUGCCUCCAGCUUCCACUACGUACUGCUAGGUGUAGGGCAGGACGGCCACACCGCCUCACUGUUCCAGGACAGCAAGCUGGAUGAGACUGGGGAAAGACUGGUAACCCUCACCGAAAGUCCAGUCAAACCCCACCAGCGCAUGAGCCUCACUUUCACUGCCAUCAACAAAGCCCGCAGGGUGGGGGUUCUAGUGAUGGGGAAGAGAAAGCACGAGCUCGUCACUCAGCUGAGCCGAAUUAAAGGUGAAUCAGCCAAGUAUCCAAUCACAAAGGUACGGCCAACAGAUGGCAGUCUAAUGUGGUAUAUAGACUAUGAUGCACUUUUAGGGUAAGAGUUACCGUAUUUAAAAAAAGAAAAUUGUUCAAGGAUCUUGAGUUUUACUCAAAACACAUGCUGUAUAAAUCUAACUACGGGAUUGUUUGAUUAUUUGCUGGAAUCAGUUGGAUACUUAAAUCAGAAAUUGAUUGCUGAAUUGUGACUAUGUUUGUAUGGGAAAGAGUUUGCUUCUGCAAAUCAGUUGAUUGGAUAAUUGCAUAUCGUCGCUUUCCAAUGGAAAACAAGUAUCUCCAUUUUUUUACAUAACUUGAACACACCAACUGUGUCUUAAACUGUGCUUCUUGAUACAUGGACCAACAGAUAUUUUCCAAAAUGACCUAAACUUUUUUACAUUGACUUCCAUUAAAAGUUUGGGUAGUUUUCUCUCUUUUCUGUAAAGUUGCUUUUUUUGGAGACACAUGUUUAUCAUUGGACAGCGACAGUAUGGUCUUACUGCAUUUGAAGAAUUGUACAGUAUUUAAUGUAUUGGGAUAAUAUGGGACGGAUCGUAUGACUUAUGAAAGAAAACCUACUGAGCCACACAGUUUGUAAACUCAAACUAAACUAUGUGACAUGAAGAAAAUUAGAUAGUUUAUAUUAUUUUCAGGGAUGAUGUGAAGUAUCAUAAUUAGCUGUGCUAAUUGUAUAGAUAAAAAUAUGAUGUAUAUGAAAAAUAUCUGGGCACAGAUCUUGGUGCUCACUUUUAAAAGUACCUGGCCAAUCAAAAACACAAUUACUGUACAUGAUUAGGUUAAAUUAUGGUGAUAUUAAUAUGGAUAGAACAAUACCACAUUAGACGUUUAAUUGAGUUUCAGGUUAAUUCAGAGUUUUUUUAUAUUAAUGCCAGUGAGAGAGGUCAGAUGUGAUUUUUAGUUUACAGUUGUUUUAGGUUUCAGAUGCAGGGAAACAUUGAUUUAACACUGUGAAUAUAAUUUUGCUAAAUUAAUACUGUAAUGUACUAAAAAAAUACAGUAUUUUGAUCAUGUAAAAGCUCUUAAUACUUUAUGGAGGGAAGGAAAUAUUUUUUUUAAAAUACACAGGUAUUAUCAACAGAAGUAAAAAAUGUCUUAAAUAAUAUUAAUCAAUCAUCUGAUCUACUGGAAUCCAGAUGAUUUAUUCUUUAAUGUGUGCCUGUAAUCAUUUUUAGGUUGGGUGGUCUGAAUAUGUACAUAAAGGUACAUUCUGCUCAUAUAAUGUUACAGUAUAUACAGGUUCAUCUCUGGAUUUAAGAGAGGCGAUAUAUAAAAGCAUUGUGCCACUGCCACAGUUGUUAAUCCAGUAUCAUAAUCAGCAUUAUAAUUAUGUGGUACUUAUGUGCUAGUUAUACCUGUCACAAAGUAAACAUACAGGUAUGGUUCUUGGUAAAGUAAUUUUGUACCGUUUCUGCUGGUGCAUUUGUCAUUAAAAAUUCACAUACACAGUAAAUGCAAGAGAAAAAAGUCAAAAACAUAAAAAAAAUCACGCUUUUCUUCUGAUAAUGAUAAUUUAAACAUGCUUAGUUCUGUGUAAAAUGUUCUAAAAAGGAAUUUAAGUAAUAUUGACUAAAUUGAUUUGUUUAUAAAUUUGUUCACCUGUGCAUAAUGUGUUUUAAAGGUCACCUUCCGUCGUUUUUUCUUUCAUUUUAAAAUGUCUAGUUGUGGUCUCUAGUAUGAAUGAAUGACAUGUGAGCCGUUUUUGUAAAAAAAAAGUGCUCAGGUGUCUCUGUAUAGCUCUUUUUU